AUGGAGGCGGACCGAGGAUGUCUCUUUGUUCCAUCCAGGGAGCUCAAGGCUCGUCACAGGGAUCGAGCUGCGAGGUAUGACCCCGGCCCCGAUCCUCUCCUGGAUGAGGUGGCAGACAGGCUGCUGGACCGGCUCAAGGACUGCACUCGGGCUUUCGAGUCGGUGCUGGUGCUGGGAGGGGCCGGCCGUCAGGUCGCGGAGCGCCUGGAGCGGGAGGCGCCCGGCACCCGCCACGUGACCCAUGUGGACACGUCGCAGGCCAUGCUGGACGCACUGGCCAGGCUGCAUGCCGCGAGCGCGCGGUCCACGCCCCAGACAUAUGUGCACUGGACCGACACCCGGAAUGAGACCCUGCCGGUGGCUCCUGGGACAUACGAUGCUGUCGUUGCCUGCCUGGGACUCCACUGGAUCAACGAUGUUCCCGGGGUCCUGACUCAGUGCAGGCAUGCCCUGAAACCAGACGGGCUCUUCCUGGGCGCCAUGCUGGGCGGCACCACGCUGCAGGAGCUGCGCAUUGCCUGCACCCUGGCGCAGCAGGAGCGGGAGGGGGGGGUGGCGCCGCGCCUAUCCCCCCUGGCGCAGGUCCGCGACGCCGGCAACCUGCUGACGCGGGCGGGCCUCACCAUCCCCGCCGUGGAUGUGGACGACAUCCAAGUCCAAUACCGGGACGCCAUGCAGCUGGUGCGGCACCUUCGCCAGCUGGCCGAGACCAAUGCGCUGACUCAGCGCCGGGCCUUCCUGCCCCGGGACUCCGCCCUGGCCACCGCGGCCAUCUACUCCUCCCUGUUUGGGAAGGAGGGGGAGCCCGAGCAGGGCAUACCAGCCACCUUUCAGGCAAGGGCCAUCUACCUGACGGGCUGGGCGCCAGACCCUUCUCAGAGGGGCCCUGCACGACGAGGGACUGCCACUGUAUCUUUUGGGGACCUCCAGAAAGACCUGGGCGCAGGACCUCAGGCCGCUGACGAGUCCCAGAAGCCUGGCACCAUAUAG